AUGGUUCGCUUAGUAAAUCCAGAGGCAAAUAUACAGUUGAAGAAAAAGUAUAAAAUGACAAUUAGAACUGUUGAAGAAUCUUGGAGCGUAAUAGAGUCUUGGUUAAGAGAAAAGGGCAAGGCUGAUGUGAAUUACUCCAAAGUAUUGGAUGCAUUGAACCCUCCAGCAACAGAUGAGCAAAUCAAGGAUUUAGAACAGAAGUUGAAAGCAAUUGAAUUGCCAAAGUCAUACAUUCAAGCUUUAAAAAUCCAUAAUGGGGUUGCUCACCAAGUUCCUUUUAUUGAUUCGUGGCUGUUUCUCCUGACAGAACUUGUCCUUCAUUAUUGGAAUAUUAUGUGCAAAUUCGAGAUUUUUGAUGAUGAUUCUGAUGUGGAAGAGGAUGGAGUUCAGCAAAUUUGGCAUAGUCCCAAAUGGAUCCCAAUCGCUCAUAAUGGUUUUGAGGAUCAUUUAUGUCUUGAUUUAUGUCCAGCAACAGGAGGUCAAGUUGGUCAAAUCAUUGAGGUGCUACAUGACGACCGAGACCGCACAAAAUUUGCUUCAGGGUUUCAAGAAUAUUUCAGUGUCUUUGCCGAUGAUAUCAUUGAAGGAAAAUAUUUGGCAGAUAAUUCUGGCUUGUAUUUUCAGGACAGUAAUAACGCUCAUUGA